GAAGGCAGCGCGAAAGACAAGCACGACAAGUUCAUAGAUGAGGAAGUGUCACUGCGGCAUGGAAAGUUCAUCUCCGAAUCACGUGUGCAAGACUUCGUGUACAUUCCAGCGAAAAGUACGAUGGACAUUGCGGCCAAGUCCUCGGAGCUCUUUGAGACUAUUCUCAGGCACUGGAAUUUGCAGAGGCCUUACUUGCUCAUCAAGUUCCAAUCCGGUUUUGCGCAUCCCAAGCACAUGCUAGAUGCGGAAGAGCUGAAGAAGAUAGAGGAUCGACACGUCGGCUCCGAAAUCUGGCGGUACUACAUGCACUUCAAAAAGUUUGUCAGAGAGCAGGCAAAGAAGGAGGCGGAAAAGAAGGAGGCAGAGAAGACACGGAAAACGGCGGAAGAGACUGCAGGUGGCACCGCCGAGCAGGGAAUGCAGGAGGUGCAGGCUCAGCAGGAAGAGGAAACGACAAACCAGAACACGGCGGAAGACACCACAGGUGGCACCGCCGAGCAGGGAAUGCAGGAGGUGCAGGCUCAGCAGGAAGAGGAAACGACAAACCAGAACACGGCGGAAGACACCACAGGUGGUACCACCGGACAUGACAAGAAGAAAGCAGAAAAGGAGAAGAUUCGCGAGAGGGCGCUUGAGCUGCUCAAUGAGUUCUUAUACAAAUCGCUGAGUAACCUCAUCGACGUCAUCGUGCGUGCCUGCGUGCGAAAUCGAUGCUGGAUUGUAGUGGAGGGCGGACCGAACGGUGGUCUUCUGCUGCUGAAGCAGGCGGCCGAGCGCUGCAACGAGCGGCCCAUAAUCUUGGUGGUGGACAGCCUCAAAAAGAAGCGCUAUCCGUACAAAGAAGUGCGGGACUUCAUCCAGGAGCACAAGGACAAGCUGAAGGUGCCCACACUCACGGAGAUGGCUCGGGGUGGCGACAACAAGCCGGAGCAGGUGCGAGAGCAGGUCCGCGACAUUGCCUCUUCGAUGGCAGAAGAGUGGGAUAAGAAACAAAAAGCAGGGAACACAGGACGCAAGACCAGCAUCAGGUCCAAGAAGCAACCUUGA